CUGAGCUUUGCCUCACAGCAAUGGCAGGAUUCCAGCUGCACUUCUUCUGGCACGCUUCCUGCCGCUGAAAUGUUCUUGGGGACAAUCUCUGCUAAUGAGGGGGACACUGUCAGUGGCAGAUGUUUAAUCCCUGCAGAAGCCCCUGUCUCCAUUGUUUUCUUUUGUAAGGAUGGGAUGGAAAUUUCAAGGCUGCAAGCCAGGAGAGGAAAAUUCUCUUAUGAUUUAGCUUACAGCGUGGCUGGCAGCUCAGGCAAUAUUUCCUGUGGAUACAUGUCCAGAAAUGACAAUAUCCAGGUGUUAAAAUCUCUGCUAAGCGUCGCUCGGUAUCUGAAGGUCACAGGUGCCAGUUCCAGGAGCAGCACGACUGAGAAUCUGCUUUAUCAAGGACUGGAAAAUGAUACAAUAUUGGCAAUUACAAUUCCUGUUUUGGUGGGUGUGAUUUUGGCUCUUGUUCUGCCCCUGGUGUAUUACCUUAAGAAGAAGAAAGUUGUAACUACAAGAAAAAAGGAAAGGUUGCAAAGCCUCCGUGAGAGGAACGAUAAUCCCACUGAAGAUCAGUACACGGAUAACAAUGGGGUUGCAUAUUCCCAUGGCAUGGGCAAAGAAGCCCCGGAGCCAAUCUAUCAAAAUUUUGAUCUAGAGGAUGUGCCUCGUUCUACACGUCACUCCAAACAGAAGUAUGAAUCUGCCUUUCCGCUAUAUGUUAAUGACUUGUACAGGCCAUGAGAGGUGCAGGAUAUUGGAAGAUAAGUGUCUCAGUUUAGUUUUUUCAAAGAUUGAUUUCAAUUUGUCAGAGCCAGCAGAAGAGGAAAGAAGAGGACACUCAGGCAGUGAAGGAAUGUUUCAGAAAUUUGGAAAUAUGCAGAAUUUUUGGUUUUCAAAGAGAGAAAUAAAGAGCAACAUGAGUUUAACCUACCUGAUUUCUUAACUGGGGAUGAGGAUGUGUGUCAAUUUCAGACUAGUUUCUCCUGUGCAAAAGGAGAAUGUGAGUUUGAUGUAAAUAGAUGGUGCUGUAUUAUAAAUCUUAAUUGUAUUUCUCUUACAUGUAUGCUGAACUGUAAUGUAUGAGAGGGCUCGCUUUAUUAUUGGAUCAUAUGAGUCAGAAUUUUCUUUUUGUUAUCUUUGUCUCUAUACAACUAUUAAUUUCAAUUUCCUUUCUUUCAAUAUAUGCAAAAUAAAAUAAAAUUUAAAAAAGAAAAACAAGUAUUGUGCAGUAAUGUGUACAGAACUGAGCAAAUAAUUGAUUUUUUUCAUCUCAGGAACCAGACUAAAAUGUUAUUUUGAACCAGAGCUGAUUUUGUUUUGUUUUUUUCACCAAAGCAAAAAAAAAAAGUUGUUGUUGGGUUUGUUUGUUUGUUUGUUUUCCAUUUUGGAUAGAAAACAUCCAGAACUAUACGGAAUGAAAAAUCUGAAACUAAACUAAUUGGGGUGAGGGUUAUUUUUGUUUUUUUGUUUUUUGUUUUAAUUCUGAGGUGUUUUUUUACUGGAGAUUAAACUUUUUUUUUGGUUUUUUAUUUAAUUUAGUUUUCAAGUGAUUUUCCACCCCUUAAAAAAUAAAUAUACCUAAAGUUCAAAUUAAAAUGUCAUUUUGAAGUGAAAAGACACAAUGUUUCAUUUUGAAAUGGUUGAAACAAACUGCUUUGACUCUUAAAAAAAAUCCAUUUUUUCAGCCAAAAGUAUUUGCCACAUUCAAUCCAAAUUCAUGAAUAGUUUCAGUGCCCCCAAUGCAUUUUUUCAGCUUAUGUACUAUUCCCCCAAAAAACUUUCACCCAGUUCCGAACACAUGAGCAUAUUCAUAGUUCCUCUGCUAUGUAAAAAACAUAUAUCUCUAUUGAUUUCAUUGGCGCUUCACCACUUUUGUCCUUUUGAGUAUUUUCCCCUUCAGCAGUUUCUUCCAUUUGAGCAUUUGGCCCAUAGAAGAUAAAACACUUGGUUAAUUCUUGGAUUGCACUCCCUUCUGCUGUGACAAAACAUGCACCCUGCUGCUGGGGGGUUAUACUGCUCAACAUUGGGAAGACACCCACUCUUUUCAGGUACCACAGAGGCAACGUCAGACCUGGAGGGGUCAAAAGAGGCGUUUCUGGAGUAAGCUGAUAAAUCAGGGCCUUAUCUAAAGCUUACUAAAAUCAAUGGAAAGACUCAACUGCCUUCAAUGGGUUCAGGGUCAGGU